GGGGCGCAAAAGUGGGAUGUAUGUGAUGCAUGUGACUCUGGUGUGGUGGCUCAGAAGAGACCCUGGCAGCAGGAGACCACACAUGGUACCAUGUGUGUCUGUCUUGUCAUCUGGCACGUGUGUGUCGUCCACUAUUGACUGGCUGACCUGUCCAUCGCCGAAUGGGCUGAUGUGUCCUUCCCUGAGCUGCUGGAGGGUGGUCUGGCCGGUCACCAGCUCCUGCACCAACAUGCCCGCGAUCGCAAUCUGCACACACACACACACAUAUACACACACAGAGCAAACACCGCAUGAUGAAUAGCCUUGCUGCGUCCCACAACUCGACUUCUGACCAUUGCGAGUCGUCCGUUCUUGAUUUCCUUGAGCUGCAGCUUAGCGAAUUCCACGGGGUCGUUCUCGAACGGGUUGAUGCCGAAGCCCAGGUCGCCGGGGGCGCGGUUCUCGAAAUCCUGCUUGCCAAUCGACAGCUCGAUGGCUGCGAUCGUCGCCAAGAUCUGGAGCCAGCCCUGAAAUACACAUACACACCCGACACGUACAAAGCAUGCAGGCGGGCAUCCAUCAUGGUGUCGGUCGGUUGACGGAUGGCUGGCUGGCUGGCUGGUCGGUCGGUUCGCUGAUUGGUUGACUCACUGACCGCCGAUGGGACUUGUGAGAUGGCCUUGAGCCCCGGCUCGACCUUGCCGUCAUAGAGGGGGUGCCACAGCUCGGCAACGAAGUAACCCAACACAGCCAACAUGGCCACACGACCUGACAAGAACGCCACCAGACACGCAGCGCACACAGCAUUGCUUGCACUCGUUGCUGGAUGCCAUCAUAUCACCCUGCUCUCCCUGCCCUGCCCUGCCACACACCAUGCUUGAGCUCGACGGCGCGAUAUCUGUAGAGCGACGACUCGUCCUUGGAGAAGCCAAGAGGGUCCCACACGCCCCGUGUUUCGACGUCAGCACCAAUCAUAUCCUGGGGAAUCAAACCAAAUCAAAUCACGGAGAUGAACAAGACUCAUAUGAGCAGGUCUGCAGCGUAGAUCUGUGCGUGCGUACCUCGACAGCCAUUCGUGGUGCCGUCCUGUCCCUGCUCUGCAGCUUAUCGAGGCCCCGGAGGGGUGCAGACGGGACGAACGCACUGGCAGCCGCGAUGAGGGCGGCGAACACCAUGAGCUUCAUCAUGGCUGACCUGUCGGGAGCUGG